CACCAAGCUGGCAGGAAUAGCCAACACUCCAGAAGAUAGGCUCAAGUUACAGAAAGAUCUUGACAGACUUGAACAUUGGGCGCUAUCUAACAAAAUGAAAUUCAACAGUGAAAAAAAAUUAAUCACACGGUGCCCGUUGGAAAAAAUAUAUCAGCUGGAGAGCAACUUCAGAGGCUUGCGAGUGACACCUUUAACUUCCGCGCUUCUUCGUCUCCUUCUUUCGGUCCCACGUGAAAAGAGGAGUUGCAGUUUUGCUUUCUGCAAUAAGCAGAGGAGGAAAUGUACUGUAGCAGCAAACUGGUGUUCUCACGGAGGAUGUAAAAACAUGUGCUCGAAGCCAGGCAAGAAACGGUAAAGUUGCAGGUGUUCCAAUUUCGCUGUAUUGCAGAAGAACGGCGAUAAAAGUCCUUUUUGGUGUGACAGUUGAAAAGGAACAGAAAAGGAAGAGGUGGUGGCUGUGAUGUCUCAGAUGGUACCUGGUUCUCCUUGCCUCUUGCCCACAACGUAUGUUUGGGAUUUAUUUGUCUUCCCUUUACUCAAGACAAAACCCAUUUGAGAACGAGGACUCAAGAGUCUGUGAUAACGCUUCUUCAAAAAUCAACCGGAUGCCAUAAUCAAACAAGCUUAUUUUAGACAAAACUCAACACAAUGAAGAAAGCUAAAGGAGAAUCCAAAGAUGAGCAUAGAGGAAUCAGAGAAGCAAAAAGAUCCUAAAUAUUCUGAUUUUUUUUUUUUUUAAAAAAAGGAUUCCUAUGAAGGAACAGCAGCAAAUUCUGUUUUUGCAAGCUCGCCAAAGAAAAGAUGAUACAACAAAGCCAGGCAAUAUUCAGAUUCCACAUAUGCAGCGCCUCAGCUCAGGUUGUAGCCUUUUCACAUCCUUCCCCUGAGAAUUCAAGAUAGCAACAAUUUUAGAUAACUUCCUUACUGUUCUCCUACUUAGCCACUCCAUACGUCCCAAGGAAAAUCAUGGCGGCCAAUGACUCAAACCAUGAUGAAGAGGCGUUUUUGAAACCUUUCUAUGCCAUCAUGUACACCAUCAUCCUGGUUCCAGGUUUGAUUGGGAAUGUUUUGGCUCUCUGGGUCUUCUAUGGAUAUAUGAAGGAAACUAAACGGGCCGUGAUUUUUAUGAUCAAUCUCGCCAUUGCAGACUUGGCCCAAGUUUUAUCUCUGCCACUAAGGAUUUUCUAUUACCUGUCUAAAAGUUGGUACCUGGGGAAGGAACUUUGCAUGUUUUGCUUCUACCUCAAGUAUGUCAACAUGUAUGCAAGCAUUUACUUCUUGGUUUGCAUCAGUGUGAGGAGAUUCCAGUUCCUGAUGCACCCGCUGAAGUUCAGCGACUGCAAGCGCAUCUAUGACAUGUACAUCUGCCUUGUUGGAUGGGUUGUGGUUUGCGUUGGCUGCUUAUCCUUCCCCCUUCUGCGGCUUACCUCCAACGAGACCGGUGCCAACAAUAAAUGCUUUGUGGACCUGCCUGUGAAGACUGCAGAUAAACCUAUCUCAAUAGCAAUGAUGUCCCUAGGUGAGCUGGUUGGCUUUGUAACCCCUCUGUUGAUCAUCCUGUAUUGUUCCUGGAAGACCAUCUUAUCUCUCCAAGAGAAGAAUUCUGUUUCCCAAGACCUUGGGGAGAAACAGAAAGCUUUAAAGAUGAUCCUGACUUGUGCCAUUGUCUUUUUGAUUUGCUUUGGUCCUUAUCACAUCAGCUUCCCUUUGAAUUACUUGGUCAAGUCCCAAAAGAUAGAAGAUCCUUAUGCCCGGAAGGUUAUUUUGGUCUUCCAUGCAAUUGCCUUGUGUCUUGCCAGUUUAAAUUCAUGUGUCGACCCUGUAAUUUAUUACUUUACCACAGAUGAGUUUCGAAGGAGGCUUUCGAGGCAAGAUUUACAGGACAGUAUUCAAUUUCAUAACAUGCGCUGUGGACGUGCAAAAGAUCCAUCUGAAAUAAGUAUAGUUGAGGCUGAGUGAUUGAGAGGAAACUCAUAUUAUGAGUGGGGUUGAUAAGACGUUUAUUUGAUGCCAUGAUAAUUUGGGGGGGGACACAGAUUUACCACUUGUUUUAAACAUUUCACUAGAGUACUCCUCCAGGUACAAUUGGCCCAUAUAGCAAGCAUGGGGAUAAAACUCAAAAUAAUGCUGUUGUUGUGGCUCCCGCCCCCGAAUCUGGCCCCAUGCCCGAAAGUGCCUUGGAGCCGGGCCUGCUGCCAGAAAGUGACUUGGACACUGAGGGGGAAGGGCCAUCAGGACUUACCUCAGAAGCACCGGCCUCCCUGGAUCAGCUCCAGGAGCCAGAGGCAGGCCAAGCGAAAGAGAUAACGAGGCCUCCUUCUCCUGACUCUUCCCCCCCCAGGCCACGCCUGCAGACCCAGCUGACAGCAAUCAGGCUUGGAUCAAUCCCAGGUUUCGAAGGCAGGAGAGAACAACAGAAGCAGGGGCGGGGCAGCCCUAGGAAGUGCUAAGUCAUGGAGCCACACCCCACAGGAUAUAAAAGGCAGCAAGAGCUGGUGUGUCUCUUUGUAUCAGGCAAAUCCACGGAUUGACUAGAGCUGAAGGUUGUGACUCACCUGCGUCUUGGCAGCCAAUGAGGGCUCUUGGCAGACGCUGGCUCUUUUGCUGCCAGAGCUGAUAAGAGCCGGCUAAUUAGCCAUUGUUCGGAUGGAGGCGAGGAGGACAGCUGUUUGUUUUUUUUUUACUAUUGGUUCUGUGGGCGUGGCUUGGUGGGUGUGGUGUGGCUUGGUGGGCGUGGCUUGGUGGGCGUGGCAGG